UGUUACUAUGUGUCCACUAUGUGAGAACUGUAGUACAUGGUCCUUACAUCAGAUUUGUUUCUACACACAGCUGGCCUAUCUCUUUGAUCAUCCAGGAACCGUUUUCUAUGCAGUAUUUAUGUCUUUCUGGGCUGUGACAUUCCUUGAAUACUGGAAGCGAAAAUCUGCCAGUCUAGCGCAUCACUGGGACUGUAUUGGGUUUCAGGAUGAGGAGGAGCGACCUAGACCAGAUUUUGCUGCCAAAGCUCCGUAUUUAGAGAAGAAUCCGAUAACCGGGAUCCGGGAACCGGCUUUCCCUAAAGCCAUCCGGCUUCGGCGCAUUGCAGCCGGCAGCGGUCUCAUUCUUCUUAUGAUAUCUCUUGUGAUUAUUUUUAUCCUGGCUGUUAUAAUCUACAGAACUCUGGCUUCAAUAUAUUUGUUUUCAAGUCCUAAAACAAGGCCAAUGGCCCAGAUUUUAGCCUCCACUUCAGGCGCAGUGGUGAGUUUAUUUUCAACACUGUAAACCUGUCCUACAGUG